AUGGAUCGAAGUACCCUCAUCGAACCCGGGGAUGAGAGCGAUGCUGGCAAAACGACCACAACCGAGCGAAUGCUCUAUUACAGUGGCUACACUCGCAGAUUAGGCGACGUAGACGAGGGCUCUACUGUUACAGAUUUCCUACCCGCUGAACGAGCACGUGGAAUCACCAUUCAAUCCGCCGCUAUCUCGUUCCAUUGGCCACCACUCCCGUCUGGCGUGACAUCCAAUUCGAAGCAUUCAAGUCUCAAUCCUGGGACCCCAAAAUCAUCUGUGCCUCACAACAUCAAUCUCAUAGAUACGCCAGGCCAUGCGGACUUCACCUUCGAAGUCCUACGAUCAUUACGUAUUCUGGAUGGAGCUGUCUGUAUCCUGGACGGUGUGGCUGGAGUAGAGGCGCAAACGGAAAAAGUAUGGAUUCAAGCAGAUACCUACCAGAUCCCAAGACUCAUAUUCGUCAACAAGUUGGAUAGGGAAGGUGCAGCUUUUGGUAAGACAGUGAAGGAGAUAGCCAUGCGACUACAGACUUGGCCAGCUGUCUGUCAAAUACCUAUAUGGGAACAUGGCAACGGCUCGCUCCAAGGAGUCGCAGACGUUAUACGCAUGCAAGGUCUUGUGUGGGAGAAAGGCAGUGACGGGAGAUCUGUCAAGCUUUUGCCACUCUCUGAAAUGACCCAGGAACUCGCCGAGGAGCUCAAGCACGCACGAGUUGCUCUCAUCGAGCUGCUCAGUGAGUACGAUGAGGGGAUGGUCGAGAAGUAUCUGGACCACGAGGAGGACCAUCUUGCUAUACCGGCUACAGAUGUUGUCGCCUCCUUAAGGAGAUGUGUUCUACAGUCGCCUCAGCGCGUGGUGCCUGUGUACUGCGGAGCAAGCUUCCGCAAUGUCGGCGUGCAACCAUUACUCGAUGCUGUCGUCGAUCUUUUACCAGCUCCAACCGAGCGACCCGACGCCGAAGUCAAUCUGAGUGGAAAACGCACCGCACUGGAGCACGUGAUGUCCGGCACCACGGAGCUUACAGAGUCUCCGAAGAAGAAAAAGACUGGUGGGACUGGACUCCCCAUUGCCCGGAACCUUAAAUGUUGUGCGCUGGCUUUCAAGGUCGUGAAUGAUGCUAAGAGAGGGGCUUUGGUUUAUGUGCGGGUCUACUCAGGUGCACUUGAACGUGGUACAAACAUAUACAACACGAACCUUAACGUUAUUGAAAAGGCACAUAAGCUACUUAGAAUGUACGCCAAUGAUGCAGUAGAGUUGGAAUCUAUUGAAGCAGGCCAGAUUGGAGUUAUUCCUGGCCUGAAGUUUGCGAGGACUGGUGAUACCCUGAUAAGCUACAGUGGCAUGAAUUCCAAGUCUGGGCCUCCAGCACCCCUGAACUCGCUACAGCUUCGUCCGAUCACAGUACCUCCUCCGGUGUUCUUUUCCAGUGUCGAGCCGCAAAGCCUCUCUGAGGGAAAGAAUUUGUCGGAGCAAUUAGCCGUACUUCUGAGGGAAGACCCAAGCCUUAAUGUAUCUGAGGAUCCCGAAAGUGGGCAGACUCACCUUGCAGGCAUGGGCGAACUGCACCUUGAGAUUGCGAGUGGAAGACUUAUAAAUGACAUGAAGGUCAAAGCUUCGGUCGGCAGCAUCGAAAUAGGAUACAGAGAGACGAUUCCAGAGUUGUCGGAGUCAUACACUGAGCAUCUCAAUAGAGAAUUCGGUGGAACCAUCUCAAAGGCAGUCUGUGAUGUGAGAGUACGCCAUCUCGAUAUCAGCGAUACCGACUUGACAGUAGAUGGUAUCACUGUCAUCGAUGCUGAGGCGUACCGCUUAGUUGUGAGACACCCGACUUUGGACGUCGAUGGAGAGCCGAUUCAUAAAAGCCACCCUCGUCUGCCCGAGCAUAUAUCUUUAGGUGGUCUGAUCAACAGUCUGCAGACAGGCGUAAAGGCGGGCCUGGCCCGAGGCCCUAAAUUUCACUAUCCUGUUCACUCUGUCGAAAUUGUUGUGGACAUAGAUCCGGCUCAGCACAUUUUCCCGGACACAACGCUUUCGGCCGUGUCGACGGCAGCUUUCCGGGCUGUGAAAAACGCCUUGCGACAGUCCAAUGCUGUAGAGAACACUAUCAUCAUGGAGCCGGUCAUGAAUGUGACUAUCACAAUGAAUGAAUCUGACAUGGGUUCUGUCAUCCAGGACAUAAGUUCAGCAAGAGGAGGGCAAGUGUUAUCGCUAGAAGGUGAAUCAGCUGCAUCUACACCCCGAGACUACCUACCUAUACUUGAUGUAAAUAAGGUGUAUGCACCUCCAGAUCCUUUCGGUAGCUCCUUUGGGUCUGGAAUAGGUGUGCUGGACGCACAGCGGCAGAUAACUGCUCGAGUGCCACUAAAAGAGAUGGUCGGAUACCUAAAACGCCUACGGUCAUUGACUGGUGGAAGAGGCACCUUUGUCAUGAGCGUGGAUCGUUUCGAGCGAAUGAGUACACAUCGGCAAAAGGCUGUACUGAACGAGAUGCGAGGCGCUUGAAUGUAAUAAUAUCUGUAGUACUAAAGAAGUAGAGAUGCUUGAAUGCUCGGAGGUUCCUCCGCCAAAUCACCGCUCCGUAC